GAUCGGCAUUUCUACAUUCAUCGAUGAUGAAAUGUGGGUACUGUAGUGUAGUAAUAUGUACUACAGUGUACGAGUAACGACAGAUUAGAUAGGUAAUUUGUCCUGUACUUGGAAACAUUUUUAAAAUAGUCUUUUUCUGUGUUUACGCUGAUUGUGGUACUGUUGGAGACUGGUAGGCGGACAAGUAAGUUAACAGAAAAUCAUUGACUAGAUGGCAACCAGACGAUCAAGGCUUCAAAUCAAGCCCAACAUUGGACCAAAAGUUGGGACAAAGUCUGACAAUGAAAAACCAAAAGAGAAAGUGAAAGAGAAAAUGCCAGACCCCAUUAAAAGCCCCACUCGCACUAUCUCCAGUCUGAUCAAAAGUCCAGACUCAGAACCCAAAGAAAAUAAAAAGCCGGAAAAGAACUUGGAGGAGGUUAAAGUUGGAUCAGACAUUGAAGUGGAGGAUGCAACUAAAAGUGUUAAAGGACAAAAACCUCAGUAUACAGCACUAAGAGCGAAGAUCAAGGCGAAGCCUAAUCUGAAUCUUGCUGGCAAACCCAAAAGAACAACAGAAGAACCGUUACCAAAAUGUCCCUCAUCCCCGCUGAAAUCGCCUCGUCCUAAUAUUCCACCAGUCAGCCUCAAAUCCCCUGUGCCACGACCCAGCCUCCCACCAUGCCCCUCUCCUGUAAAGCAUAUGCCAAAACCAGAAAUGAAAAUAGCUAAAGCAACAGAAGACUUGGAAGAAAAGACUGAGAAAGUCAAACAGGUCAGGAGGCAUACAAAAGUUGACAUUUCAAAGGAUGCUCCUCUUGACAGAACCUCCAUGAAAAUGUCAGAUCUCAUAUUCUGGAAUCCCAAUAGGAAUUUCAUGCCGGACCAGAAAAAACCAGAGAAAUCCAUUCAGAGUGUUAACAAAGACAUCGAGCCCACUGUGAACCCGCUGUUACAGGCCAGCAAGGAGGAGAUCCAGGUGGAUGAGCCGGAGGAGGAGGAGGAGGAAGAUGAAGCCAUGCCGGUGCCUCAGGUUAAAAUUGGACCAGACGGCAACCUCAUCAUAAACGAAGAAAGUCUUGUGGUAAACACCAAGAAGUCAGUUUUAGAGGAGGAGACCGAGACUAUUGAUGAGACCGAGAACAUGACCACCUACGCUAGCUUCAGAAAACCUCGGACUCGACAAUUGUGGUCAAACAAAGAAACAGAAAAGUUCUAUUAUGCACUGAGUUCUAUUGGUACGGAUUUCACUCUAAUGUUGAAAGUAUUUCCCAACAAGACCAGGACGGAUCUGAAGAAAAAAUUUCUGAAGGAAGACAGAGAAAAUAGAUGGAAGAUUGAAAGAGCAUUGAAAGAGAGAAAUCCAUUUGAUAUGGAUGUGUUUAAAAAGUUGGAUGAUCUGGUUGAAGAAGAGAAGCGAGAAAAGGAGAAGAUAAAGAAAACAAAAGAAAGAAAGGUGGAAUCGGUAAAGGUGAUAUCAUCUUCUCAGUCAUCCACGCCAAUUAGAAGAAGCAAACGGAAACCCACAAAAAAAGCAACAGGUCAAUACUUUGACUACAGUAAUGAGGACUUUGAGGAGGAUGAAGAUGAUUUUGUUGAAGCUAAGCCUACAUCUCCGAAGACUCCUAAAUGGACAAGUAAGAAAGCUGAACAAGAAGCGAAGACACUUGAGGAUUUGAUGUCUGGACAGUUCAGUGCUCUAGACCAGUCUGAGAUUUUACAGGCCAUCGGGGACUCUGAAAACGUGAACAACGGACAGGGGCCAAUAAUUUUGGUCUAUAACAAACCUGAAGACCCUGCAGGAGAAACUGUAAUCCAUGUCUACAGAUUACAGCCUCAGUUCUCUCACUUAGCAGCAAAUAAUGGCGGACAACCCAUUAUCUUGGAUGGAAACAAUUUACAAUUGUUUGGAGAUGAUGGACAGAACUCUCCGAGUGGCGUGACGAUGAAGGAUGCUGAUUUAUCCAACAUAAACGGUGUCUCUGGGUUACCUGCCCAGUUUUUGGUGUCGGACUCUGAUCAGAUUCUGGACAUCUCAGAACACCAUGAAUCUAGUGAACCUCAAGUGUUCAUUCCACAAAAUGUCAUGACACUUGCCCAGGGCAGUUCUCAUCAAGUGACCUUACAAUCUCAGCAAUUUCCCAUGUCUGAACCAAGGUCAAGUGUAGUGAACUGUGUAAGUGAAUCUUUGUCCACGCAAGUUGAAGCAGAACUGCGAAAUAUGGACACCACCCCAGUAACAGAACUGAAGAAUAUGGACUUCAACUCAGUAAACUUAGUAUUUCAAGAAAAUGUGAAUUAUCAACCUGCAUCUGAAACAACGGAGACUGUGGAAUGGGGAACAAAGGUGGAAAAUUCUACAGAACAGCGAGUUUGUGUGGAACAGGUUUCCACCAUUAUAGAUGUAAAUAUUGUGAAGGAUGAUACAUAGUAUGUACUUGCACUUAACUAAGGAUAGAUAUUAAAUUGUCUAUGUACCCGUAUACACAUGUAUACUUGAAAACGUGUAAUAAAUUCUUUUGACACACAACAAAA